CUCCUUCUCCAGACUGAGCCUACACUCAUAUAAAUAAUUACAAUAAAAUUUUUUGUGAAUAUCCUUCUUUGAUAAUUCACCAAAACUCAACAAGCAGACGUUUUGAAAGGGUUAUCCUAGAAUCUCAGACCAUAUUAAUGAAUUCUUUGUUACAUUAGAAUUCAUUGGUCUAUCACGAAAUAUAAAUCGGUCUCCUAUGAUUCUGUAACAAUAUACUGGUCAUUUGGAAAAGAUUGAUUCACUGGGUUAUCCACAUCUUCCAAAUGCUGACACAUUUCAUUACCUAAUAUAUAUACAUAUGUAAAAAUCACACUUAUUGAUAUCACCACUGAUCUCAUCAAGAAAAUCUUUACGUUUUGAGAGACUGUCAAACUCAGGGUGGCAGAGCCAAAUUUUUCAAAGUUUAAUUUUUGCUUGAAAGUUCCAGUUUUAUUACACUAACACAGCCUGUUGGUUUUCCUUGAAGUAAAAGUUUAACUCUGUUCAUUUUCAAGAUAAAUGUCUGCAUGAGUAUCCAUAAUUGAGCUGUUAUUUGUUCUUUCAAGUAAAAAUGGUGUUUCUAUGAAAAAAGUGGCUAGCUCACCUUACCUUUCGAUCAUGCAAGUGCUUUUCCUUGAGACAAUCAUGGUUGAGAUCUAAUAAAAUGAAUAGCUUUCAUUGCUUUAUCAAGAACAUUUCUCAAGUGAAAAACAUUUUUGUUUUGAAAGAAUACAGCAUGAGGAAUGCAGUGACUGCUAGUGAAGUUUGCUGCCACCUCCCCGGUUCCCGCUAAGACACUAAUAGUCUGACCUGCUGUGGUUCUAAGGUCACUGGUGUAAAUAUCAGCAGAGUGAGGAAGGGGAGGAUCUGGGGAUACUUGGUUGGUAGGAGGCUUCUUGUGGUGGGUGGUUCAGGGUAUAUUAUUAUGGACUGCAAUGUUAAAUCAUGACUGGAGAUAGUCAUGACCUCAUGGAGCCCCUGCAGGGUCUUAGGAACCCCCAGGCUCCUUGGAACAUUCUUCGAGAACCACUGUCUCAGGCAAUAUGUUACUUGAAGCAGCUCGUGUGUCUGUCUGCUUUUCUUUUUCCUUCCUUCUUUUCCACAGAAGGUCUCUUGGAAGAAGCCAGGCUGGAUGUGGGGCCUCCUGGCCCAGGUGAGGAGUGAGACAGGGACCCUCAGCAAGGUAGCUGCUCUGGCCAAGGGGGGUGAGAGAUGGGGAGGUGACCAGGGUGGGGCUAAUACUGGCUAUUAGCAGGCCAGUUAGGAUUUUGGUCCUAAGCGCACAGAACUAGAGAGAACUGCCUGCUCUGCUGUCUUCCCCCUCCUGACACCCUCUGUCCAGAACAAGUUUUUUCCCUCAGGGAGCCCCUCAGCCUGUUAGUCUCCAAGAAUUUGCUGGUCUCAGGAUGGACCUGGGCUCACCUGCUUCCCCUCCUCUCUCAGGCAGCCACCACCCACCCAGUCUCUGCUCAGGGUUCCCACCUCCCAAAGCCGUCUGCAGAAUGGAACAUUCUCCUCUCCCUAACUUGUUGCUCUGGGGGCCACAAGCCUCCUCUCUGAAAGCUUCACUGUUGGUCAGGCCUGGGAGGUGGAGGCCUGGGAGACAGUCUACAGGUUCAGGAAACCUCCAGGCCCUGCAGUAUCAGUCCCCAGGCUACAGGUCUCCCUCCCCCUCAUAUAUCUCUGAGGCUGCUACCACUUGUACUGGUGGCCCAAGAUGAGAUCAGGAAGUCCCCCACUCUGCUUCCCACCAUCCCAGGGCCCUUCUUCCCAGCCCUGGGCCUUUGUGGGUCAACAGGGAGAACAGUAGAUGGAAUUAGGUAUUCAAGGGGCCCCUUCGAGGGAGGUUUUCUGGGGACCCCGGGCCUCAGGGUGACUCCAUAGCUUCACCAAGGACAACCUGUCCAGAUUUGCGGUGUUCCCUGAAAAGGGUCCAUUCAGUCGUCUCAGGAGGCUGCUCCACCCAUGGAGAGGUGGGAGCCCCUGCAGGUCCCCAUGGAGACACAUGUCCUAUUGCAUGCACACAAGGUGUCAUGUGACGCUUCCUCCACGAAGACUCAAGGGCUCCCGAGACCAGAGCCUCGGACUGUGGAGGAGACGUGGAACAUGUGAGGUGAUAACUGUGGCUUUGAGCUGAGAGUGGCUGAGGGGCUGGAGUAUCCUGGCUUGUGGGAGGCUUCUUGGGUGGGUGACAGUCUGAUGCAGAGGCGUGGGUGGUGGGUGAAUGGUCCCCUUGGCCACAGAGUGGGAAUCAGCUCUAGUGAUAAGGACAUGUGUGCAUCACCUCCUGGGAUGUACUUUUCUGCUUUAUCUGCCUGCUGCUGGUGGGGCUGAUGGAAAGGGGUGGGAGGUGGGGGUUGGGGAGCAACCUCCAUCCAGAACCUUCAGACUCCUGGAGCAGAUCUGUCCCCACAGGCAGAAAGUUCCCAGAGGUCAGGACGUGACCCCCAGGUCCCACAGGCACCCCUGGGUUCGCCAGGCUUCCUGGGAGCCUUGGGCAGCCGCACCCUUUCCCAGGGAGGAGGUAUCUGGGAUUAUUCACAGGGCGGGUCCCUGCUGUCAACACCUGUCUGGUCUUGAUUCUUCUCCGUGCUGUGGACUAUAGAGGGAGCCGCUCAGAGCCUGGCCCUCCUCCUCGCCCCCUUUUUGUUAGGGCUCCUGGCCUUUCUCUUCUCUCUGAAAAGCCAGGGCCCAGUCUCCGUUCCCGGGGAGAGAGUGCCCUCUAGUGCCUGGGAGGGUGAAGACUGAGGAGGAGGGCAGGGUCAGAGGCCAAUUCUGAAAGGAGGCCCUGCCAGCCAAUGAGGGGUGAGCUGGCUGCAGCCUGACCUGUGGAGCUGGGAGAGCAAGGGACCCACAGAGCUGAGAUCUCUCCUGUGUCCUGGAAUCACGUGAAGAUGCUGUGGUGGCUUCUUGUCUUCUCCACUCUGGGUCUCGGGGCCUGGGGUGAUUCCUCCUGGGAUAAAACACAAGAUAAACACCCAUUCGAGGGGCUUCAGGACUUGCUUGGCAACAUCUCCCAGCUCAUUGAAAAAGACAAACGGGGUCUCAGUGGUGUGUCCACCAUGGUCUCUCGCAAGCAGUGGGGGGCAGACGCCGUCGGCUGCAGUGCCCAGCUGGCCCUGCCGGUGGGCUUCCUCAUCACGCACCACGUCCCUGGGCUGGAAUGUCACAACCAGACCUCGUGCAGUCAGAGGCUGCGGGAGCUGCAGGGCCAUCACGUGCGCAACGGCUGGUGUGACAUAGCCUACAACUUCCUGGUUGGGGACGAUGGCGGGGUGUAUGAAGGUGUUGGCUGGAAUGUCCAAGGUGUGCACACCCAGGGCUACAACAAUAUUUCCCUGGGCCUCGCCUUCUUUGGCACCAGCAAAGGCCACAGCCCUAGCCCUGCAGCCCUGUCAGCCAUGGAAGGUUUGAUCUCCUCUGCUGUCCGCAAGGGCCACCUGUCACCCGUGUAUGUUCAGCCACUCUUUGUGAAAGGAGAGAGCUGCCUGUCCCCUCAGCAGAAUGCAAGUGUCAAGGAAGCUUGCCCACUUAUUGUCCAGCGGUCUGCUUGGGAUGCCAGGGAGGCCCACUGCUCCAAGAUGAACCAGCCGGCUCAGUAUGUCAUCAUCAUCCACACCAUGGGGCGAACCUGCAACAAGUCUGAUGAAUGCCGCGUGCUGGUCCAAGACAUCCAGUCCUUCUUCAUGGAUAGAUCAGACUCGUGUGAUAUUGGGUACAAGUUCCCCGCCCAAUGCCGCAGCACUGGAGGCAGCCCAGAACCUGAUCCAGUGUUCCGUGGUCAAGGGGCACCUGGUCCCCAACUACCUGCUGCUGGGGCACAGUGAUGUGACCAACGUUCAAUCUCCUGGGCGGGCUUUGUACAACAUCAUUAAGACUUGGCCUCAUUUCAGACACUAGGGAGCCCCUUUUUCUCCCAAGACCAUCCCCUUCCCCAACCCCACCUGCUGGUCCGCCUCUUCCUCUCCAUUCUGAUUCAACACCUGUGUCCUCUCCUUGCCAACCCCAUCCUGUCCCUCCUGUCUCAGGUUAGUAUGGUCAUUUCCUGCCAGCAUCUCCCAGAGUCCCUUAAACCGUGUAGUUGGAUGCUCCCAGCCCUCUGAGUCUGGGCCCAGUCUUCCUCUUUCCCCACCUUCCUCUCCCUGCCACCCAUGUGUUCAGCCAGGCGAGCUUUCUUGUCCCCGGUGCACACCCCUCUCCUGGUGUGCCUUCCCCCGCCGUCCGCCUGGCAGCCCCAGCCUCACACGUCCCAGCCCCUCCUCUCUGUUCACUCACUGCCUUGGCCUGAUUUGGAUGCAGCCCUCAUUUCAGGGCAGUGAUUGUUUACAGACAUUCUCUCCACUGGGUUGUGAGGUUGCCCAGUUUAAUUCAUGUCUGUGUCUUCAGUUCUUCAGCAGUGUCUAGAAUUCAGAAGAUAAGCAGAUAUUUAUUGGAGAAAUGGAUGAAUAAAGGGGAGUGGGCCAAGUCCCUGCUCCCCUUUCCAAUUUGCUGGACAUACCCUCUUUGGGCAAGAUUUGCUGGACCUCGGACAGUCCCCCAUCCUGCCAGCAUUCUCUCUGUUCCAUUCUUUUCCAAUCCGAGGCUCAGAACUGGCUCUGGUUGCUUGUUUCUAAUGGCGGCUGUGUCUCUAGGGUCCCAUGUCCCCAUCCUUCCACACCCCUGUGAGGACAGGACCGUGUACUACUCCAGGUCCAGCCCAGGCUGUGUCCACACAGGCCAUCCAGCACCUCCCCACAUAGGAGAUGCUCAUAGAUAAAAAAACUAUAAACUAGCACCUCAGAUCCAGCUAAAAGUAUCAAGAAAAUCAUGUAAGAUAGGAAAGAAAAAUUAACUAGAAGUGUAAAAUAGGAGAAAUCGGGUAAUAGAACUCAUGAGAGAGUAAGAAAUAUAGUAACCAUUUCAGAAAUGACCAGGUAAAAGAAAGAAGAUAAAAAGUCAAUGCACAUAACAUAUAAUACCUUAGAAGAAAACGAAGAUCAAAUGAAGGAAAAAAUUAAAAAUCCAAAAGAAAUAAAAAACAAGAGUAAAACAACUAGAGGGAAAGUAACCAAUAUAGUUGAUAAGCAAAGAAGUUACAAGGUAUAUAUAAUUGAAGUCCCUAAACAAGAAAACUAAAAUAAGGGAAUAGGACAAAUACUAAAAACUAAUUCUAGAAGACCUUCCUGAAAAAAAAGUUUUGAAAAUUUGCUUUUACUUUGUUUUGUAUUUAAAAAGAAUGACUCACAAUGAUGAAUUACAGGGUAUAUUAGGCUAAUGGGUUUUCAAUAAAACAUUUCCUUUGGGCAUUCAGGAUAAAAACCAAAAAUGUGACAAAUGAGAGAGAAAAAUGUCAUCAGACUUUUUGACAACAUUUUCAGCUAGGAAAAAAUGGAAGAAUAUAUUUAAAAUAUAAGGAAAAAAUGUGAUAAUAUGAUCCAAGGGUUUUAUAUUCAAUAAAAUUGAGUUUCAAAUACAAAGGUUACAAAUAUGCUCUCAUCAACAUGUAAAAACUCUGGGAAUAUAGUCUCAUGAACCCUUCCUUAGGAGUCUACAAGAUAAUGACCUCAAACAACCAAAAUAAGACAUUAAUAUAAUGACCAGAGAUGAAUAUUAAUGUAUGUGUUUUUGUAAAUUAAGACUAGAUGAGGAUUAUCAAAGUGAGAGUAUAGUAUGUAAUGGUUGUGAGUGCUAACAAUGUAGCAGAUUACAGAACUGAAAAAAAUGUGGAAGGAACGAGAAGAGUGUCUGCAAAUUGACUUUUAAUCUAUUUAGUAAUUAUAUUGUUGGUGCUAAUCUUUGUGUUAUUUUUAUAUGAAAGUUUACUGUGAGAUGUGGGAUCAAACAAAUGAGCUAAUAUGUGAUAUUCUAAUUCCAUCAUCCCCAGUGUUUUUGAAAGUAAGAUUCUCAGGGUGGAAAAAGGAGAUGCAGACUAACCUAGAAGAGGUAAAGUAAUAUACCAGAGCCCUGGAUUUGAAUUGAAAAUAUAAGGAUAAACUCACGAGGUACUUAUGAACUCAUGAAGUGUUUCAUCUUAACAUUUUUAACCACUGUCUGGUGAAGAUGUCUGGAAACUCUGAUCAAUCCAGUAGCAAUAAGUUAGCAUAAGAUUGUGAGCUGAAAUUACAAUAUCCCAAUAAAAGAAAUCAAAAGUU